AUGGCGGCGCCCAGCAAGAAGGUGUUCGAGCUGUUUGUCAAAAUCCCCUGGACUGCUGCAACUAAGGAAAUAAAAGAGUAUUUCGGGCAGUUUGGCCAAGUCAAGAAAUGCCUCCUGGCAUUUGACAAAGAGACAGGAUUUCAUAGGGGCUUUUGCUGGGUCGGCUAUGCGUCAGAGGAAGGACUGCAGAACGCACUUCAGAAAGAUCCGCACAUUAUGGAGGGAAGCAGGCUCCAAGUACAAAAGAACAGACGGCCAUUCAUGGGGAGAAAAACAAACAAAGAAGUUGAAGAAAGCUGAACAGGACUGUUGUGUGACUCUGUAAUGAUGUCAUGCUUAUGUAGUGUUUUUUUUUUUUGUGCAUUAAAACACAUGUAAUUUAUGUCUAUAAAAAUAACCAUUGUCCUUCUGAAAGUGUGACUUUGCAACUUUACUAUAAAUGUUCGACCGAA